GCGGUAUUAAGAGGUCUGAAGUAUUCCGGCACACUGUGUCGCCUGGGGGAUCUAUGCUUCAAUUUCUGACCUUUUCGAAAUCGACUCCCCGUCAAGAAAAGAGUCUGCAAGUGUUGACUCGACAAGCUAGUAUCGGCCUAGGCACAAUCCCAAGCAGCAGUGUCAGACGCAGAAUGGUAUCUUUGCCGUUCAAUCCACCAUUCAAGAGGCAGCAGUAUGGAGGAACUGAUAGAUAGUAUCCUGGGGUGAAUUUGCUAUUUGUUGUUCGAAGAUUUCACCGAGUAUCAGUAUUUGUGGCUAGAUAGGGG